UAAGAACCACUUAUUAACUAUUUUGGUGCCAAUCGCUAUUGUAUUUCAUAUAACAAAUAAUUGGGUGCCUUUGUUUGGUUACAAAGUUUACCUGUACGACAUCUUAUAAGAGGAAUUUUUGCUGUGGGUUUUAAGCAAAAUGACCCUUUUGGUUCUACAGUAAUUUGUUUUUGUAAUUAUAAUCAUUUUUUAAUUUUUAUACAUUUCAUAUCGUACUGUAAUUCGGGUUUUUGGCAUAAGAUUGUGCUGUUUUCAAGUGGAGUUUAGGUGUGUAAGAAUUAGAUGGUGUUUCAAUAUUCUAAAAAGGCAUCAAUUUGGAUUGGUUUGUUUUAAAAUUCUGGUUAUAAAUUGCCGCAAACGUUAAAUUUGAUCUCCUUGAUUUAAUCAAACUACUGUUGAUAUUUAUAGACAUUUAAUUUUUUAUCUUGAAAAAAAUUUCCUAUUUUGGAUAUUGUUUGCCCAUUCCACCGUUGUUUAAAAAUAUUUAAAAGGUUUACCACUGGUAAUCUAUUGAUUAUUAAAUAAUAACAUCAAUUGUCCAAUUUUAGUAUUAAUUGUUAAUUCAUAUUGGUCCAACAGUGAUAAUCGUCCGACAAAUUGUAUGUACUAUAGGAAUUUUGAAAUUUUUAUGGAUAUUCAUGGUAGAGCACUAAAUUUUUUAGUCUCCAAUGGUAGGUGAUGGUCUUUUUACAAUGGGAGAAGGUAGGCCCUCACCGGCCGCCGCAAGUUAUUUUGAACCCCAAAGAAACAUGACCUUAAAUCCUAAGCCUAUUCACAUGAACUACAAUCAUCUCGGUGUUAAUCACAACAACAACCGACUCAAUGCUAACGUUACUCCAGUUGCAACAGAUGUAAAAGGCGGAGGGGCAGACUUUUUUGAUGACCCCGUCACUUUUGUGAGAGAAUUCUCAGCAGAAUCGCUCAUGACACCAGAGUUCUCGAAGUUUGAAAGGAAUGUGUACAAAAGCAGAUAUCUUAAUACGCCAGAGUGUUUUGCACUUCUAAACGCCCAUUACAAGAAUUUAAUGAAUAAUUAUGCCCCAAGAGUCCAAACACUAGUUACUCAAUCAAUGGUAACUGAUUUCACCAAACCAAAGGACACGGGACAAUAUUUUAGCCAGUACGGCAGAUCAGAAGUAACUUUUGAAGCAUUAAACGAGAUGUCACUGUUUACAAAAGACCACAUGAAAAGCCUCUCGAUACUGGCGGUUUUGGGAAAUCAUCAUAACCUUAAUUUGGAAGGUUUGAGGACAUAUCUUCUGAAUGUAAUGCGGCUUAUUUACAGGGCAGCAACGGGCUCUAAAUUGAAUCAAGUUGAAAAAUCACGACUUUUUUACACAUUUCUAACCAAGUAUAAUACCAUGGGCAGAGCAGUUCUACUCUACAUGCUACUGCUAUGCACUUUAGAAAAAUUGCUCUGGUUCUCUGAACCCCAAUUACCAUACGAUGAUUUCUUCUCGGUCUUAGUCUUCAUAAUUUGCUCUUUUGUCGAGUCGGCAACAAGCAAAAGCGCUCAGCAAAAGGACGUGUCAGGCAACAACCCACAACAUGGUAGGGAUAGCAUUCUGUUUGAUAAACCAAGGACAAGCGGAAAGAAUGAUAUGAUCCCACCAGUGUCUAGUAACACUGACAUGUUUGUGAGACAUUUGAGCGUAGUCUGUUUUCUCUUAAAGCUUAAAGUAACACCCCAAAAUAAAUCCGAUUUGCUGGAAUCAGUUAUUUGCCUCCGCAAAGCACUGAGGACAAUUCCCGCCAGGAAUAAAAACCUCAUUCUUUGGACCAACAUAUUGAUAGCAUAUUUGGACCCUCAGGAGAUUUCAGCCAAUGCAUUCAAGGUACCGAGGUCCUUGUUCAACGAAGUGGGAGAAAUCAGUGACAUGACUCAUCUUGUGCACCUGGUUUUAUGCCUUGACAACUGUUUCAGAGACCACAAGUUCUCAAGAUUUGUCGAAUCGAACAUUAAUGUCUCUACAUUUGUGCAACUUUUCCUUUUCAACUUCUGGAAGCAUGUCGACGCCCUCAAUGAAGAUUUAGCGAAUGAGAUACUCCUUCUAACAAAUUCAGUUCUCGAUUCAUACCCAAAGCUCGUUGCCGCAUUCGCCAACUACAUCUCUCAAUUCACAAAUUCCCCCGAAAAUAAUAACACCUACAGCGCUCUCAACCCUCAACUGAACCAGUAUAACUAUAAUUAUAAGAAUAAUUAUAGAGAUGACCAGGAAAAGAGUAAGGAUAUGUUAAACCAGGAAAUGAAGCUCGGUAAUCGAAUUCAGAAAUCGAUGGAGGCUCUAUUCAACAUUGCAAUGUUUGGAAAGUCUCGCCUGCAAAUGAAUGCAGCAGUGUUGGCCUCGAAACUGCUGAUGAGCUGUGACGUCACCACAACCUUGCCCAGAAUUAACAAGCUCAAGUACUCCAACACUAUGCUGGACCUGUUAAACCUCACCCCGCAUAACCCAUACGCCGGAAAUGAUACCGACUACGAGUACAAUACACAAUACAACAAUACAGAUUAUGAUAGCUAUUAUAAGGAUAAUAAGCUAAAAAUGGAGCCGUGGACCCAGGAUAAGUUUGUCCAGGAUCUGACGCGACUGACAUUGAUGUCGGCGUUUGUAAAUCAUUGCUGGAAGGAACUCAUUUCAACUUUGGUGUCAAAAACAGGGCCAAAACUCUUUGAAUAUCAAAAGAACCGUCCAGUCGCAAAUGGAUUUGACAGAAUGGAUAAUGGGAAGUUGACCAAAGUAGUUGAUGGAUAUGAUAGAAAGGAUGUGUACAAGAACUAUGGUCGGGUAGAAAUGGAAAAGUACGAUGGAGUUGAGAAGGAAAAUAAGAUGGACGGUGAUGUUCAAAGAGUUUUGAGUUACGUUAGGAGUUUAUAUUUGGGCACUAACCCUACCAUCGAUAGUUUAUAUUCAAUGUUAUUUUCAGGCCCAUUUCCAGCCAAGGUAUUAUCUUACGAAGCGCUUAGAGCACAUAAUUCGACGCCAGAUACACUCGUGAUGUGUGGAAUGAUGACAAUGUAUAAGUCGUAUCCAGCCUUUUCUUCACUCUUUAACCAGUAUUUAUCGAAUGCAAGCAGCUUUUCAUAUUCAAUGACGCUGACGCUGACUGUAAAGUUACAAAACAGAGACUUGUCCAACUACAUGAUGGUGAUGUUAGAUACAUUUAUCACCCAGUACUUAAACGGAUGUGACACUUAUAAGAAGAAUGUGGUUAACGGAAUUUUGAACAAUAAUCUCCCAAAAUCACUGGUCAGCAAGGACAAGUAUAACCAAAUGACUAAAUUUGUUAAUGAGUACAAAACAGAGAACCAGCGGCUCAGGUUGGAAAACGACCAACUUAAAACUGAUAUGCGAGUUAACAGAACUGAAUAUGAGCGUAGUAUAUCAAGUAUGAAGGAAGAACUUACAAAAAGCUCAGAACGCUACAAGUCGGAUUUGCAGAAUAUGAAAGAAACUCUAAAUAAAACAACCUUGAACUUAAACCAGGUUCAGGACUCGUUGACAGCAGCUAAUGCAGAAAUUACAAGCCUUAGACAUGAGAAUGGCAGAAUACUAGCCGAGAGAGAUGCUCUAAAGUCUGAAAUAAUGAACUUGAAGGGUAAAAUAUCAAGUCAAAUGAAGGAAUUUGACCGUUUGGCAAGUCAGAUUCGAGAUCUUGAGGCUACUUCAGUCCAGUUCAAACAGCUCCAGGUCGAAUACGAUCGCAUUAAGGAAGAAAACUCGAAGGCUAACACUCAGCUGGAUUCACUUUACAAGAUGUUGAUUUACCUCACUGACAAAUACAAAUCCAACAUGUCAACUUUGGACUCCUUUAACGAUGCAAACAAGAAUCUCAACCAGCAAGUAUCACAUCUCAGGUCUAAAGUUGGGAGAUUAGAAAAAGAAGUAAAGGAUAAGCAGAUGGAGAUCUCAAGUUUGGAUGCGUCAAAGAACAGAACGGAAGGAGAGUUGAAGAGAAUGCAGGCAGAAAUGAGAAAAAGAGAUGAGUCACUAGAACUAUCAAACAAGAAACUCGAGGACCUGAGAGAAAGAGUUAACAGACUAACUCGAGAAUUACAAGAUCAAGUAACCCAAUACAACGAGCUCAAGAGAGAAAACACUAAUAUGCAAAACGAAUUGAAUGUCAGAAGACAACAACUGGAUGCUAUAGAAAACGCCGUUAAUAAAAGACCAAUAUUAAUCUAAUACUCUA